GAACCUCCCAGAGUGGCAGCAAUACUCGGCCUUCGUGUUCAGACCAAUACAGAAAUCGGCCACGGAGCUCGGAUUUGUUUGGAGAUCACGAUGCUUGAAUGCAACGGCGCGAACCUGUGAUUUUGGUUCUGCUUGGUAGCAGAUGUACAGCUGAAAAGAGGUCAUGGAACAUAGUGUUUCGGGGAGUAUCGCUAAACCAGCAAUCCUUGCGUGGUGCGUACUGGUUACAUUUGAUGUCCUCAAUAUCGCGGUUCAAGCAAGCCAAGCAGAGUGCGGAGAAAAGGGUUCAUCAAAAUACCGCAUUGUGGGAGGAGUGGAAAGCGAAGUCGGAGCUUGGCCAUGGAUGGCGCUGCUGUAUCUUCCGCUUUCAAAGGGCAAUGCUCCAGAGCCAGCCUGCGGUGGAGCGCUAAUCACACCACGGCACGUGCUCACAGCGGCACAUUGCUUGCGGGACGAGGAGAGGAAGACUCGCGACCCGACAGUCAUGAAAGUUCGUCUCGGUGAGCAUGACUUGGAAACGAACACUGAAUCGGAGCAUGCGGACUUGGAGGUGAGCCAGGUCCUGGUACACGAGGGCUAUGACGAGAACCUCAUGAAACACGACCUAGGCCUCCUCGUACUUGCUCAAGACGCCCCCUUGGGCAGAGGAAUAAACCUCGUGUGUCUUCCAAAAGACGAAGACCAGUGGGCAGAACUUUCUGGAAAGACAGCAGUCAUCGCAGGAUGGGGAGCACAAAGCGACAAAGGCAAGAUGAGUAGCACUCUACAGGAAGUGAUGCUGCCUAUCCUUUCGCAAACGAAAUGCGAGGAAGCUUUAGAAGGAUUAGUCAGUGUAGAUAAAACCGUCCUUUGCGCUUCAGCCUUAGGGAAGGACUCGUGCAAGGGCGACUCUGGAGGCCCCAUGGUGGUGCCUGAUGAGAAAAGUCGGUUCACUGUUGUAGGUGUUACUGCUUUCGGAGUCCACUGCGGAGACGCAGACUUUCCUGGGGUGUAUACUCGUGUCACGGAACACAUGGACUGGAUAAAUGAGAAUAUUAGAACAACAGGACCAUAAUAUACCUUCAGCUUAACAACUGCACUUGUGGAAAUCCAGUUGUGAACUUACAGAAUUUGGUGGAUGUCGCUUGAUCUACACAGCUUUAUUUAAUGUAUUAUUUGCAGGAUGAUUUUGUUUUCCCUUUUUACCUUCUUUGAGAAAAAGUAGGCCUGCCUGCUCAUAACUAUCCCGCUUUGCUGCUGCAGAAACACAUUAUUCAUAUAGACGACCUGCACUCCUGCGUCACCGAUUACGUUUCGCCGCCGCGCAAAGCAUGCUGGUGCGCACCUAUCAACCUUAUCAGCCUUUUCGACCUAUCAGCGGACGCGUUUUUCCCGCUUCUUGCCCACCUAAAAUAUAACCUCGAACGAGUCUUAUCGUGACCUCACAUCUUUGUAAACAGAGGGUCGUUUAUACGCUUGCGCAGGCGGCAGACCCAGCUAAUAAUCAGGCUAAAGACAGCACAAUCGGAAACCGAAAUCGAAAUCUGCUGGAAGGAUGGAUGGAUGUGGCUUUUCUUUUCGGAACUUUGGAACGGGCGGUGCGGAAGCGAGUUACCGCCAUCUGGCGAUAAAAGACGCUUCAUUACAAUAAAGUUUAUUUAUCUCA